AUGAAGGUGGUAACGUGUGAGAUUGCGUGGCACAACAAGGAGCCGGUGUACAGUCUGGACUUCCAGCACAGCUGUGAUGGGCGCAUUCACCGUCUGGCCACAGCUGGAGUAGACACCACAGUCAGGCUGUGGCGGGUAGACAUGGGACCAGAUGGGAAGGCAGUGGUGGAGUUUCUGUCUAAUCUGGCUAGACACACAAAGGCUGUCAACACUGUGCGCUUCAGCCCCAACGGAGAGCUGCUUGCCUCAGGAGGAGAUGAUGCAGCGAUUCUUCUGUGGAAGCUCAAUGACAGUAAGGAGCCCGAGCAGGCCCCCAUGUUUCAGGAGGAUGAAGAUGCUCAGCUCAACAAGGAGAGCUGGUCUGUUGUCAAGACACUAAGGGGACACAUAGAGGAUGUGUAUGACAUCAGCUGGACCCGGGAUGGAAACUUCAUGGUCUCCGGCUCUGUAGACAACACAGCUAUCAUGUGGGACGUCAACAAAGGACAGAAACUUUGUAUCUUGAAUGACCAUAAGAGCUACGUGCAGGGGGUGGCCUGGGAUCCUCUGGGCCAGUAUGUUGCCACUCUCAGUUGUGACAGGGUGAUGCGUGUGUACAGCACUCACACCAAGAAGAAGGCCUGCUGUAUAAGUAAAAUGAGCUCUGGGACACCUACAGAGGGAGAGGCGAAGCAGUACAGAAUGUUCCACGAUGACAGUAUGAGGUCGUUCUUUCGACGCCUUUCGUUCACACCAGACGGCUCUUUCCUGCUUGCUCCAGCUGGAUGUGUGGAGGUUGGAGAAAACAUCAUGAACACCACCUACAUCUUUUCCAGGAAGGGCCUCAAGAGGCCUAUCGCCCACUUGCCAUGUCCAAGUAAAGCUACGCUAGCUGUGCGCUGCUGUCCCGUCUACUUCGAACUGAGGACCAAGAAAGGAGAAGACGGUUCCAUCCAGACUCUUCCAAAUGUAUUCCAGUUGCCGUACCGGAUGGUGUUUGCAGUGGCGUCUGAGGAUUCCAUCUUCUUGUAUGACACGCAGCAGACCCUUCCUUUCGGCCUGGUGUCCAACAUCCACUACCACACACUGAGUGAUCUUACAUGGUCUGGUGAUGGCUCCUUCCUGGCUGUGUCCUCCACUGACGGCUAUUGCUCCUUCCUGUCCUUCUCUCCUGGGGAGCUGGGCACUCCGCUGAAGGAGCCUCCCACGCUAGAGGUCUUUGUCCCGAACAGUGGCGUUGAGAAAAAAGGCAAGAAGACAUCAGCAGCUAGGACCUCCUCUCCUGUAUCACAGCCAUCUUGCACUACCCCAAUUCCCACAAACCAAACCAGCCUGGGCAAAGACACCCCCUCCUCUGUCACAACCCCAGAGGAGAAGAAGGGCACACCCAGUGCCAAAUCCAAACCUCAGCCGCGCAGGAUCACCCUCAACACCUUAGAGGGCUGGGGGAAGCCCACUACUCCAAAAGCCACGACUCCUUCAGCACCUCAGACACCCACGUCUGCAAGCACAAGCGCACCCUCUACUCCUCAACCCAAUGUCACCCACCUCACCCCUACCAGCUCCAAAACCCAGCCACGCAUCACUCCCCUCACUCCCUCCACCCCUAAAGUCCUCAACAGCGCUAAUACUCCUGGGCCCACAACUCCUAAGGGUACUACUACUCCAAAAGGGCCCACCCCAAGGCGAGUAUCCUUGACUCCUGUUGCAUCCCGUUCUUCCAGCUCACUCUUCAACAAUCCCUCCUCCACUGAGAAGGCCAAACAUGAACGUCCCUCUCCUCCGUCCGAUCCAGUCUGCCAGCCUCCAGAGUCCAAACGCCCCAAGACCCGUGACCCCCCAGCAAAGGACCGUGUCACCCAGGCUUAGUGUUUACUGGCAACAGUGUGGUGCUAUGAUGUCUGAUUGUAGUACAUACAGCAGAGUGACAAAGAGGCCAAACU